AUGGAACCAGAGCCGUCCCCUGCCGCUCUCCUCAAGGCUAUCACAGCCCUCACAGCCACAGUCGGGUCCCUACAGGACCAAAUCCGCGCCCAAAGCCAGCAAAUCACCAAGCUUAGGGCCAUAUGCAAGGAAACAGCGGACCUCCUUGGGGACAAGGAUCAAGGAGCCCCCCAAACCAAGCCUGGCCCAUCGACUGGGCCUAUCACCCCUCCUACACAUACAGGGGGGGAAGUCCACACUCCAGGCACGGUUAGGCCUGGACUCAAGGCCCCGUUCCGCCCCUCUAGAGGAACGGGUUAUGACUCAGAAGAGGAGGAGGAACCCAGGCAAGCACCAAAGAAAGAGCCUCGCGGAACGCCUAGGAGCCUAAGCUCUCUUACCCCCUUUGACUCAGGGUCCAGCAUCAAGCAGCCCAAAAUGGACCUCCCUGACCCAUACAAGGGAGAUUCCAGGGGAAGAAAAGCAACCCAGUGGCUAGAUCGCAUGCUACUUUGGGUUGCGCUUCAUCGAGACCAAUUCGAUGAAGAAGAGCAGAUGGUUGUGUGGAUACUAUACCACAUGACAGACAAGGCAGCCGACUGGGCACUCCCCCUCAUAGGGACUAUCAUCAAGGGCGAGGGGAACCCCCCUACCACCAUCCCGGCCUUAACGGCCAAAUUCAAAGAGGCUUUCGAUGACCCAGACGCCAAGCGGGCCGCUGCCAGAAAAAUUGCGGCGCUCUCCCAAACCACCACAACCUCCGAGUAUGUCACGGAGUUCCGCAACCUUAUGGCGGAAUUAGACUGGAAUGAGGAGGCCUAUAUUGCGCAGUUCACACGAGGCCUCCACUGGAAGGUCAAGGAGUUGCUAUCAACCAAGGAUAGCGUCCCCGAUGAACUUGAGGCCAUUUUUGCGGCGUCUAUUAAAAUUGACAACAUCCGCCGCGAAAACAAGGAGAAUCGCCCCAAAAAGGUUCCUGCCAAGUCCCCAGUUACCGCAACCACCUCCUCCACCACUACAACAAGGGUCCGCCUAUCCGAGGACCCCAAUUACGUUACCCCGGAGGAAAGGGAUUGCCGCCGCGCAUUGGGUCUUUGUGUCAAGUGCGGCCAAAAGGGACAUGGCAUCAAACAGUGCCCCAAUGGCUGGAAGGCAACGAUCAAGGAGGUUGCCAAGGUAGCUGAGGAUGAAUCGGGAAAAGAUUGA